AUGAUCCUGAACCUUCCGCCAGAACUUAUUCAGCUGGUUCUUCAAAAAUGCAGCACACCUGCUUUCUUAGAGGCAGCUUUCUCCUGCCGCACUGUUUAUGAGAUCGCCUCCACUUGCCGGGAGGUUCUUGUGCAUCACCUACGGCGAACACCCGGGCUUGUCAAUCGAGAUCUAAGCUCCCUCAGCUCAAAAGGACUCUUUCGCUUGUUGACAAAGAAUGCCUUCCAGCAGUUAUAUGGUGCGCAAUAUCAUGCAAAUCGUGUGACUUAUGAAUUUGGGAACGAUGUUCUUGAUGUCAAAGCAUCCACCUUUGCAAGUUUCGAUCACCAAACUCUUGCUCUUGUCGCGCGCGGCUGGGAGAAGGUCUAUCUUUUUCACAUUGACCAUGGUCAUCUCCGACCCUUAAGCGAGGUUAAUCUCCCAUGCAAUCACCCUGGAAAAGGCGAAGUCCUCAAAACUGCGUUUGAUGGAAGUGGCGGACUCUAUGUCCUUCAGCGCUUUGUACCUGCCAUGGAUGCAACUGAUACAAAUGCAAAUCAUCCAUUCAUCAAGCAAGCAAUGCAGUCCAACAUCAACGGAAUGCACUACCUCUCAUACCAUUCCCUCGACUCGCCAGGCGAGCCCGUCCGGGUGUGUACUUUCCCAGAUCAUGUAAAUUACAAGCCACUGGCACUUGCAGCUAUGCAAGGCGGUAGCUUUGUAAUUUCGUGGCAGCACAAUCACGAUUAUAGCGAGAACGAAGUCGUGCUAUACACGACUUCCGUUGAUCCGCACAGCAGUGCAAAGUCGGAUGUCAUCGAUGUUACCUACGAUUCUUGCGUCCUUCUGGAAGGUACGAGACAGGGAUUCGAAGGAGAUAGAUUCACCCAGUCUAGAAACACUCAGGGCCGUCUUCUCCCCGGAAAAGGGCCCGUGGUGGGACUUGCAUUUAAUGACAGAUCUAGCCAAUUGCUGUAUCGCUACCGUGCACAAGCCUUGUACGGAUCAUUCCAAAAAAUCGAUAUUUUGCCUUUCCCAACUCAGUCUGUACUGUAUGAGAACUCAUGCCCUGUGCAGUUUUCAGAUUCUUUGACUCUGUUAUUCAGCAUUGGAAUACCGUUUUCCGGCACACAUGAAACCCGGGUGCAGAAUGGUCUCCUAAGAUGCCACUGGAAAUAUCUUUCUUUUGGAAUAGCCACCCAUCGUGAAGAGGACUGGACUGUUGCAUGCCUUCUGAGGUCUGAGGCUGUGUGUCGAGCCAGUAAUUGCGAGCAUAUAUUGCAUCUUGAGCGCGGACGCCGGUUACCGGAUUGGACGAUCGUGGCCCGUCUUCGUGGCUUUGAGAAUUCGAAUACCUCACUCGGUUGCAUAGUUGCAGCUUCCAGAUUGGGGACACGUAUAGCUGUUGCGAACUGGAAAACUGUUUAUAUCUGGGCGCUGGAGCCAGGCGCGGUGAUUGAACAGAAUGCAACCGGAUUUUACCCAGAUUCUUCUUGGCCACCAGGUGUUGAGGUGGUUGAUUUGGAGCCUGUAUCCAUCUCCCUUGGGGCUGUCUGUUUUCAGCUACGCUUUGGUUUAGGUGAAAACGACCUGGUAGCCAUUACAGACAGAGGUCUGGUAUAUUGUGAUCUUAACCCGUCCGGAAGUAGCCACAGAACAACAUAUCAGUUGCGCAUGGGAAUUGAACCUGGUUCUUGA